CACCACAUGUAGACACCACUACUAAAUAUGAUCACUUCCUUCCCCCACAAACAUCAAAAAUGGUAUGCCACUCCUAAAUUUUUCUUCUACCACGUGUCAACAAACUCCUUAAAUAUCUCUCCCUCGUCUCCUCCACGCCGUCACUUCCUCCCGUUCUCCGUCAACUUUCUCUCUCCUCGUUUCUUUCACCCUCCAUCUAACUAUUCUUCCCAUUUUUCUCCCAUCUCCAAUUUUCUUCUUCUUCUUCUUCUUUUUCUUUUCGGCCAUUCACGAAGCUUAUCGAUCGCCAUGGCUGAUCACGCUGAAGAACAGCACGAGUCGUUGAUGGAGAAGAUUGCGGAGAAGAUUCACGGUCAGGAUUCAUCGAGUUCGUCUUCGUCUGAUGAUGAAGAUUAUAAGAAGGAGAAGUUGUCGCCGAGUGCAGUUCCUUCAUCUGCGCAUUUUCCUCCUCCUGAAGUUGUUCCUGAGGCUGAGAUGUCUGAGGCUCCGGCUUCUCCUUCAUCUUCAGCCAAGAAUUUUCGCCUUUUUGGUCGUCAGAAACCUGUUCAUUCCGUCCUUGGCGGUGGCAAAUCUGCUGAUGUUAUCCUCUGGAGGGACAAGAAGAUUUCGGCCUUUGCACUUGGUGUAGCUACUGUUGUUUGGUUUCUCUUUGAGUUGCUUGAAUAUCACUUGCUGACUCUGCUCUGUCACAUUUUGAUAUUUACGAUUUCGUUUCUUUUCCUCUGGUCAAAUGCUUCCGCCUUCAUCCACAAGGCUCCACCACGGAUACCGGAUUUCCACAUUCCUGAUAAUUACCUCCUGGAAUUCAUCUCAGUACUAAGAUUCGAGAUCAACCGUGCUCUUUCCUUGCUACGGGAUAUUGCCUCUGGGAAACAGCUCAAGAAAUUCCUUGGAGUGAUAGCAGGUUUGUGGGUUGUAUCAAUUGUUGGGAGUUGGUUUAACUUCGUGACUCUUGUUUACUUGUUGUUUGUUCUGUUACACACCGUGCCAGUGUUCUAUGAGAAGUACGAGGACCAGGUAGAUGCAUAUGCUGAGAAGGCAGUAAAGGAGCUCAAGAGGCAAUAUGCAAUUGUUGAUGAGAAGUAUUUAAGUAAGAUUCCAAGAGGGCCAUUCAAAGACAAGAAGGCUGCAUAAAGAGUGAGCUUAUAGCUGGCUAUGACACGGUUUUAUGCUAACUUUUCGCCUUUAAUGCUUAUUUUGUAUGGUUGUAUCUGAUGAGUUCAUAUUAGAUAUGAACUAGGUCUUUUGUUAGAAAGUUCCAUGUCCUUGAUUCUGUUAAAAAAACUCCUCCUCUAGCUUCUAGUUUAUGUUCAUCAUCUUAUGUUAGGGAUGGCAAGUGAAUAUAAGUUUGCGGUAAAUCAACUUAUCGUCGCCUUUUCUCUUUCUAGUUAUUACCAGAAUCGUUUCGUA